AUCCUGUAAAUAAAAACGCACUUCCCUCCGCGUUCAAUAAAAAAAUGCCCAUUCCUUAAGUCUGGCACCUUUGGGUAGAGGUGCAGGCGUGCGGGCAAUAACUUUUGAACUGGUAAGCAAGCAAAUUCAUUUGAUUUUCCCACAUUGACCCGACUAAUCGUUGAAAUCAUGCUCCUGCGCUGCGCCCAGCCACGUGAACAGCGGCUUUUUAAAUUUCUUUUGGAGAUCAUUUGCUGUCAACUGCUGCACUUGCCAAGAGCAAGUGGGUGGCGAUGCGUGAUCUCGUGUGCAGAUGGGCGCGGUUGUGCGCGAGGGAAGACACGCGCGCGCGUGCGUGGCCCGCGCUCUCUCCGUGCGGCGAGCGUCGCGUUCGCCGGCCGACAAACGUCCCCGUCAUGCGUCCGUCGCGUUUGUCUCCGUUGUCCUUCGCGGCCGACGCCUUUCGCGGUGCGCGGGCGGUUUCGUUGCGAGCGAUAUCGCACGUGAGCAAUGCCGUCGGGGACAGACGUCUUUCCAAAGCGCGCACAGUCCUUUUGGAACGUUCUCUCCCACCACCACCCCCUCCUUCCCCUGUAAUGUUUGUCUUGGGAGAGCCACGGAGCGCGUGGGAUAAUGGAAUACGACGCACCGAGCGGGCAAUCUCCUGGGUGCGGGCUUGACGUGAGCCGUUCACCGAGUCCGGGGAACUCCUCGCCGAUCGCCGUGAGCUCUGCGCCCUCGUCUCUCUUUUUGGUUUGCGGCCGCGCAGGAAAUGGAUCGCGCAGUAGCAGCGCCAUCGGCGGCGGCGGCACAACCGGCGGCCGCUCUGCGCCUGGUGCUCGUGGCGUUGGCCGCGCUGACGCUGGGAGCGAAGGAGAGUCGUGCGUAUCCUCCGGACUGCGCGGGAGUGGUCUGCCCCCCAAACGACCACUGCAUCGCAGAGAGCUCGGAGCCCCCCACUUGCUGCCCGGCGUGCCUUCAGUUGGGCUGCACCUGCCACGGAUAUCAGUACUAUGACUGCGUCGCUGCCGGAUACACAAAUGGAAAGGUGCCAGAGGGGCACGUCUACUACGUCGACGACGGCACCACGGCGUGCUCGUGCCCCGCGCGGGGCGGCUCCAUCAGCUGCAGCUUCAUGCCCUGCCCAGACCUCCCGUCCAACUGCAUCGAGGUCCACCGGCCGCUCGACCACUGCCCCGUGUGCCUCCGCGCCGGCUGCGUCUCGGACGAUGGCCACAAUCACGACGCCGGAUUCACCUUCCGCCUGCCAGGCUGCCGCGUCUGCCACUGCCCCCUUGGGGAAUCGCUGCUCCUGUGCUACACCGUUCCGGGCUGCGACUCGGCUGGCGAUUUUGCUGCCGCCGCCCCUCCUGUGGGCGAUGGGGAGGGCGCUCGAGGGGAUGACCGUGGCGAAGACAGCUAUGGUGGUCGUUAUGAGAAUGCCGCUUCCGCUGCUGCUGUUGCUGGACGUGGUGGUGAUUAUAAUGGCGGUGGCGACGGCGGUGGCGAUGGCUUUGCUUAUGGCAUUGGAUCAGAGCCCUCGCUGGUGGACAACAAGGGAGGCAGGCGAGGGGAUGACUACGGUAAAGAUGGUGACGGCAGUCAUUAUGAUAAUGCUGGUGGCGAUGGUGGCGAUGGUUUUGCCUAUGGAUUUGACCUGGGACUCGCAGAGCAUCCUGAUUAUCCAUGGCAUGCGAAUGCCCUGCCCUCGUAUCCAUUGUACGGGGACGUGGGUGCGAAUUAUCCAAGUCCCGAUGUACAUGACCCAUCCUUGCCAAAACAUCAGCCCCACCCGCUGAACCUGUCGGGCAUACGAGUGCAGCCGAAUCUGCAUGUGCCGCUCGGAGUGGAAAACGGCCUUCACGACCCAUCAGUGAAUGAACUGCCCCCCGUUAGAUUUCAUUUCAGUGAAACUGCCUCUGCAAAGGUACCUGAGUACGUUGACACUGCGCCCAACUUGGAGAGAAGUGCACAACUUGCAGACAAUUAUGUGACUCGGUCAGAAGGGGAAAACGAUGAUGACAGGAGUGACGAGGAAGAGGGUAACAAUCUUGAUGGGCCGAGGGCAUGGCACGGUGGAAUUGUCCUUACUCGGGAGGUAGAAAACACACUCAAGUCUCCCGUAGUACCGGCCGCAGCGACAACGCCGACAGACGGCGGGAAAAGCGGUGGCAUCUCGGAGCACGGAGAGAUCGUAAACGCCAAGGCGCAUGGCACAGCAGCCGCCCCACACAGAGAGAAGCACGGACAACUCUCUCCUGAAGGUAAUGGGCGCUUCGGCACGUGGGGCACCAUCGGUCACGCGUUCGACUCGGACGCUGCCGGAUGGAUAACGGUCAAGGAUGCCUCAUCUGUGACCGGGACGGCGGCCGCCAAACAAGUGUCCGAGGUGCAAGCGACGAUCGGAUGGCACCGUGGCCAGAACAGAGGAGUGACCACCGAGUGGGCGCGGGACUUCAGCGCUCAUGGCUCCACCACCACCGCCGCCACCACUGCCGCAGUCGCUCCUGCACCGCCUGAUGCUGAUAGCACAGGACCGCCGGCGCCAGCGACCAUCUCUGCUCUCGCUUCUCUGGAGGAGCUGAUCGGGAGCUGCUGCGACGAGGGGCGAUCGUGGGCGAUGGCCACGGGUCACUGCGUUGACGUGGCCUCGAAACCUCGCGGAGUCACGGAAGAGUGCAGGAUCACGCAGGAGCAGUGCUGCCUUGCUGCCGUGCAGGAGUCACAGUGCGGAGCUGGGAUCUCUGUGGCCAAGAGGGGCGGUUUCUGCACCGCUGAGCCUUUGGAUCCGUGUGGGGCUGUGCAUUACAAGCAGUGUUGCGAGUGCUGCUCGCUGGGCCUGCGGGCCAGGCGACGGGGCCGUGACUGCGAGGCGUCUCUGGGCUCGCUGGGCUCGCUGUGCGCGCUCGUCCUGCACAGCUGCUGCCGGGAGCCCGAGACGGCGGCGGUGGCGGCGAUGGUGACGACGGCCCAGGCGGAGACUCUCCGGACCCAGCUGUCCGUCGGUCCGGCGCUCAGCACGGCCGCCCCCAGGGCCACGCUGGAGCCAAUGGACGGCAGCGCUGAGACGUUGGAGGGGAGCACGGAGGCACUGGAGCCCGGGGCCACGGUUCCCAGCCACAGCAUCGCAGCGGCGGCAGCGGCGGCAGCGGCAGCGGACGCGGAGGCGUCCGGUGGGGAAGAGGACGCGGCCGCAACAGAACUCUGCCAAGGAGGUGCUUGCGCCCAGCUGUGCCACGCGACGGAGCAGGGCAUCGUCUGCUCUUGCAGCCCAGGCUUCCGCGAGCGAGGCCCAGGGGACACUUGUGCUGACAUUGAUGAAUGCGAGAGCGGCGCUCACAACUGCUCCGAGGGCCAGGAAUGCAGAAACACUUGGGGCUCUUUCGUUUGCUCCGAGGCCGACGACAGCUGUCGCAGGGGUUUCGUCCGAAACCCGCGCGGACGCUGCGUCGACGUGAACGAGUGCCUGGCGGUGAGCCGCGCCUGCGGGCCGGCUCAGCGCUGCGUCAACUCCCCCGGCUCCUUCUCCUGCGAGCGCGGCGGCGGCUGCGACAGCGGCUACCAGCUGGACGAGGACAACGACUGCAUCGACAUCGACGAGUGCGUGACCGGCGGCCACGACUGCACCAACGACACCGAGUGCAGCAACACCAAGGGCUCGUUCCUGUGCCAGGCGCGGGCGCAGUGCGGCGCCGGCUAUCGCCUCGACGACACCGGGGGCUGCGCCGAUGUGGACGAGUGCUCGGCUGAGCGGCCGCCCUGCGCCGCCGAGCUGCCGUGCGUCAACACGGCGGGCUCAUUCCAGUGCGGCGCCCAGCCCAUACCGUGCGCACGCGGGUUCAUCGCCAGCCCCAGCACGGGCGCAUGCACAGAUGUCGACGAGUGCACCACGGGCGUGCACGGCUGUGGCGAGGGCCAGCUGUGCCGCAACCUCCUGGGCAGCUACCGCUGCGAGUGCCGGCCCGGCUACCGCCUCGACCCGCCCAGCCGCUCGUGCCUGGAUGUGGACGAGUGCUCGCAAGGCUCCGGGAAGCCGUGUGAGCAGCUGUGUGAGAACACCCAGGGCUCCUUCCGAUGCCUCUGUGCACGGGGGCUGGCGCUCAGCUAUGACGGCAGGACAUGUGAAGAUGUGGACGAGUGCCUGCGCCCGUCCGUGUGCCAGCAGCGUUGCAGCAACACCUACGGCUCGUACCGGUGCCACUGCGAGCAGGGAUAUCGGCGCGGCCCCGGGAACAACAGCGCCACGUGCGAAGACAUUGAUGAAUGCUCCGGCGGUGUCAGCGGAGGUGAGAUCUGCACGUACCGCUGCGUGAACACCCCGGGCAGCUACGAGUGCAGGUGCCCUGUGCCGGGCUACACGGUCUCGCCGAAUGGCCACGCGUGUCGAGACAUAGACGAGUGCUCCUCGGGAACUCACAACUGCACCUCCGCCGAUAUCUGCUACAACGUGGCCGGUGGAUUCCGCUGCCUGGCCUACAGCUGCCCGCCCAAUUAUAAGAAGACGUCGGUCACGCGAUGUGAGCGAAUAUCGUGCGUGGACGACAGCGAUCACGACCGCCUCCUUCAUGAGCUGAAGCAGAAGGAGCUGAUUGAGCACCACCACCAUCACCACCACCACCACCACCACCCUCACCACCCUCACCACCAGCACCACCACCAGCAGGACUGCGCCACCAGCCCAGCGACCAUCACCUACCACCGCGUGACCUUCCCGGCCAGCGUGCGUCCUCCGGCUGCGGUGCUCCACGUGGGCCCGUCGAGCACGCUGCCCGGCGACAGCGUGCUCCUCUCGGUGUCGCCGCACAGCGAUCCGGGAGCCCACUUCGGGGUGCGGGCACUCGCGGGCCAUCGGGGGGCGCUGUUCCUCCGGCGGCCUCUUGGCGGAGUCGCCGAUUUCCUCCUCGACGUGCAGGUCCGGCUGCUGCGGCGCGACCGGCCCGCACUGAGCCUCCUGGCGAGGGUUUUCGUCGUGGUCACCGACGAUCCGUUCCGCCGUCCGCCCGUCGCGGACGGCGGCGGGGAGGAGGAGUGGAAGACCGUGUAGGGGAGGGGACGAUGGCCGCGUCGAUCCGUGCGCGCGCACGCGCACGCGCGCGUCCGUGCGUGUCGUUCGUGUGUGCGCGUGUGUGUGUUGUGCGUGCGCGUGUGUGUGUUGUGCGU